CCCUCCCACCGUCCCCUCUCCCUUCCCCCCGUCACUCUCUCUCACCUCUCAAGUCUUUCGUCCUUUCACUCGCCGUCGCCGCCGUCUCCGCCGCCGCCGCAGACACUUUCCGUGCGCAACACCACACUCUGGGUCUCUUCUCACCCCCCUUGGCCCCCCAGCUGCUUCUCUUUCCAUAGCAGUUUAAAUUCUCGACACUUGUCAGACUUCAGCUCUCCUACUGAAAUCCCCCCCAACCCCACUCUUCCCUUCCUCCUCCUAUACCAAACCACCUUCCCCUCUCUACCCCUCUUCUAGCAAUGAUCGCCGCCACCGCCGCCCUCGUUGCUCUCCCCCUCGCCGCUGCCGCUCCUUGGAUGCAGCCGGCAGACUCUCCCGUCGCUGCGCUCUUCAAGCGCCAGAACGGCCCCCCCAACCCGGCCUCGCCUGACUUUGCGACCCACUACCCUCCGCAGGGCAACCCUCCCAACGGCACUUGGAUCCCCCAGGCAUGGCUCGACAAGCUCAAGUCGAUCCAGCUUCCUCCAAACAACCCCGUCGCUACCCUCAACGGCUGCUGCUCCAUUUCGUACCCCGGUGUUAACCAGGGCGGCAUGAGCCCCGACGUGUGCUCGUUCACCGCCGGUUGCCACACCCCAACCGACUUCUUCAAUGCCCCCAACAACACCUUUGUCCUCACCUUCGACGACGGCCCCGGCGAUGCCUCGCAGACCCUCUACGGCUUCCUCCAGGGCAACAACAUCUCCAGCCACGCCACCCACUUCAUGAUUGGCGGUAACAUUGUCGGCUCCCCCACUGUCGCCCAGCAGGCCUUCGCCCAGGGCGGUCACAUUGCUGUCCACACCUGGUCCCACCACUACACCACCUCGCUCUCCAACGAGCAGGUUCUUGGCGAGCUUGGUUGGACCAUGCAGGCUAUUGCCGACCUUACCGGCGGCCGCAUCCCUGCCUACUGGCGCCCUCCCUACGGUGACGUUGACAACCGUGUCCGCACCAUCGCCAAGGGUGUCUUUGGCCUCGAGACCGUUCUCUGGAACCGCGACACCAACGACUGGAAGAUUGGCUCCGACUCGGCUUACACUGUUGACUCGGUUAAGGGUGUUCUCGACGGCUGGCUCAACGGCCCUCGUAGCCCCGGUAUUCUUGCCCUCGAGCACGAGAUCAACAACGCCACCGUCCAGGUCUUCAUGGCCGAGUACCCCAAGUUUGCUGCCCAGAACUGGGCGGUCAGCUCGGUCCCUGACGCUUACGGCCUCGACUGGUACCAGAACGCCAUCGGCAACACUGGCGACCUCUUUGCCACCCUCUCCGUCGGUGGCCAGGUCAACACCAACCUCGCCGUCACUGCCGCUCGCCCUGCUACCUCGACCUCGGCCGCUCCUUCUGCCUCGGGCUCGGGUGCUGGCUCGUCUGCCGGCGCCUCUGGCGUCUCGUCCGCCGAGAGCAGCGCCAAGACUGGCAACGCUCAGAACAACAAGCAGAGCGCUGCUUCGAGCGUUUUUGUUCCCGGUGUCGGCGCCCUUGUGGCCGCUGCCGCCGCCCUCCUCGCCUUUGCUUUCUAAGCAACGCGACCCCCACUCGUUCACUACGGACUUUGGGUUCUUUGGACAAUGCGUGUGAAAACUACCAUUGCACCGCAAUCACGCCCCGGGAUAACACUCCCACCCCCUCACCCUCACGCCAUGUUACAUACCACCCCCUACACGAAAACCGCGGACUUUGCCAGGCUUCAAUAAAUGUAGACGGGCCUAGGCCAGCCACUGUAUAUAGUCAUGCAUAAUGCCCUCAGAGGCACGUAACUCGUAACUCGACGCUCAUUGAUAGACCAUGCCAUUCACGUUCAUUGUUGG